AUGGGUUCCAUCAAGUCCUUCAAGACUAAGAGAACUUUGGGCAAGAAGAUCAAGCAGAAUCGCCCUCUGCCUCAGUGGUUCCGUAUGAGGACCAACAAUACCAUCAGGUACAACGCUAAGCGUCGUCACUGGAGACGCACUAAGAUUGGUAUCUAAGCAUUGGUCCUGGGUAGUAAUCCUACCUCACACUGGCUAUCACCUCAAGUACGACUCUACACUGUUGGAGCCUUACUGCUGAUUAUUGCUGGACGCCGAU